GCGGCCCGCUCGGCCCAGGCCAUCCCGCAGCUGCGGCGGUAGGUGCGCUGCAGGCAGCGCGGGGAGCGGGCUUCUGACAGCAUCCCGCGGCGGCCACGUUUGUCACUCGGUCCCGGGGUCCGCCAUGGCACUGGUGCGGGACGCUGAAUCGGCGGCCGGGUCCUCCCGCUGGCUGCCCACGCACGUCCAGGUGACGGUGCUGCGGGCCAGCGGGUUGAGGGGCAAGAGCUCCGGCGCCGGCAGCACUAGCGACGCGUACACGGUGAUCCAGGUAGGCCGAGAGAAGUACAGCACCUCAGUGGUGGAGAAGACGCAAGGCUGUCCGGAAUGGUGCGAAGAGUGUUCGUUCGAGCUGCCGCCCGGCGCCCUGGACGGCCUGCUGCGGGCGCAGGAGGCAGAUGCGGGCCCUGCGCCCUGGGCCUCGGGCCCCAACGCAGCCUGCGAGCUGGUGCUUACCACUAUGCACCGCUCACUCAUCGGUGUGGACAAGUUUCUGGGCCGGGCCACCGUGGCCCUGGACGAGGUCUUCCGCGCAGGCCGCGCCCAGCACACGCAGUGGUACAAGCUGCACUCCAAGCCCGGCAAGAAGGAGAAGGAGCGCGGUGAGAUCCAAGUAACCAUCCAGUUCACCCGAAACAACCUGAGCGCCAGCAUGUUCGACCUCUCCAUGAAGGACAAGCCACGGUCCCCCUUCAGCAAGCUCAAGGACAAGGUGAAGGGCAAGAAAAAGUAUGAUCUAGAAUCUGCCUCAGCAAUUCUUCCAAGCAGCGCCCUGGAGGACCCUGACCUAGGCAGCCUGGGCAAGAUGGGCAAAGCCAAAGGUUUCUUUCUCCGCAACAAGCUACGCAAGUCCUCGCUCACACAGUCCAACACCUCGCUGGGCUCCGACAGCACCCUGUCCUCCACUAGUGGCAGCCUGGUCUACCAGGGCCCUGGAGCCGAGCUUCUCACCCGCUCACCAAGCCACAGCAGCUGGCUGUCCACUGAAGGGGGCAGGGACUCUACACAGUCCCCCAAGCUACUCACCCACAAGAGGACAUACAGUGACGAGGCCAGCCAGCUGCGAGCAGCGCCCCCCAGGGCCCUUCUUGAGCUACAAGGCCACCUUGAUGGUGCCUCCCGGUCUUCCCUCUGUGUCAACGGGAGCCAUGUGUACAAUGAGGAGCCCCAGCCCCCCCUACGGCAUCGCAGCUCCAUCUCAGGCCCCUUUCCACCCUCAGGCUCCCUACACAGCGCCCCGCCUCGGUCCUCUGAGGAGGGGCCUCGGUCCUCAGAUGACUCUCGGACCAGAGGCAGCCGUGGCAGCGGUAGCUUGGAGGCAGCGCCUGGACACGAGGAGCUGAGCGCGCAGGCCAAAGUUGCUAGUUGCUCUGGAGAGGAAGAGGAGCCUCGGCCUUCUGAGGGAAAGCCAGUCCAGGUGGCCACACCCAUGGUGGCAUCCUAUGAGGCUGCGGCGGAGAAGGAGCGGAAGCCCCGGAUGGGGCUCUUCCAUCACCACCACCACCAGGGCCUGAGCCGCAAUGAGCUGGGGCGCCGUGGCUCGGUUGGGGAGAAAGGGAGCCCUUCCCUGGGAGCCUCCCCCCACCACUCAUCCACCGGGGAGGAAAAGGCCAAGAGUAGCUGGUUUGGCCUGAGAGAAUCCAAGGAGCCGUCUCAGAAGCCCAGCCUGGACGUGUCUCCUCAGGUAGAAUCUGACCCAGCUGCUCCUCACCCCUGCUCCCCCCGGGCUCUGGCCCCCCCUACUCCUGCUCCCGCUGCUGCUCCCAUGCUAAGCACUAACCUUUUUGCAGCCGCCUCCCCUGCUGCUGCCACUGCCGCUGCUGCCACCAUUGUCCCUGAAGCCACCCCAUGUGGAUUCUUGGGGGUCACCAACCCGUUCCUCACCUCCCUGCAGAACAACCCUUUCUUCGAGGAGCUCAAAGCCGACAUAGCACUAAAUUCUCCUUCACCUGCUCCCUCUCUCCCUAGUGCCUCGAGGGCCGGCCUGGCCCCCCUGGCCUCCCCUGGGAAAGCCCUGCCUGAGUGGGACGACUCCUUCAACAUCUUUGCGGCUGGCAGGCUGCAGCCAGAGGCCGGGUGUGAGAUCCUGGCCGCUGCAGGAAUGGGGCUGGAGGAGGAUGGGCUGCAAGACCCUGGGACCAUGGCAGUGAAAGCAACAGAGCCCCAGGGAGCACCUGGGGGAGGAAGAGGUGGAAGCAGCAUAUGGCUGGAGCCCAGGGCUCCUGUGGACUCAGGAUUGGACCACCCAAGCUCAAGCAUGUCUGACCCAGGACCCCUUGGGUCUUCAGGGACUGGCCCAUCCUCCAGAGCAGCGCAGUUGCACCUGCGAGCCUCAGUCUCAACACCAGACCGGGAGCUUCCUGCCUCAGAAGGGGGAGCCGGGCAGAGUCCAGCAGAUAGUGGGGCAUCUCUGUUCAGCUCCCCAGAAGUGCUCAGUGUGUGGGAGAGACUUCCUGGUUCAGAUGACACUGCUGGGGGCCAGGAUGAGGAGGCCCCCCAAGAUGGAAGCCAGCUUUUCCAGGAGCUGAACACAGUGGAGGAUUCCUGGCCUUGGGACGUGAUCACCGUUUCUCCUACAGGAGAGGUCGCUUCACCCACCAUGCAGGGAGAAUUGGAUGAGGUGCUUUCUCCCCAGGUGCAGCCCCAAACACCAGACACUGUGCACCCCCUGGCGAGCGAGGGGCUCCCUACACUGCAGUUGGAGCCAAAGCCUGAGCAGGAAUUGGGUGAAGGGCCAUGGCCUGGCCCACCUCCUCCCAAGCCACCACGCCUCUUCACGCCCACAAAUUCCCAGGUGGAGGAGGAGGAAGAGGAGGAGGACAGAGAGGAGGAAGAGAAUACUACAGGGGGGCUGAGUAGCAGGGGGCCAGGGAUAGAAGAAGACACCACCCCAAGUGCGCUGGUUACUGGUCCCCAAGAGUAUAAGGAGAAGGGGGUGAGUCCAGAAUUGGAGGAAUUGGACAGCCUGCCCUCUGGGACCCUGAUAAGUGAGCCAGAACUUGAAGGAACGGGUGCUCCUGUGUCCGGGGCCUGUCCACCUAGGCCCACCAGCUGCCUUGAGGGGCCCAGACCCAGAUCCCAUAAUUCAACUAGCUCAACUCUGCUGAGCCAGAAGGUCUGGGAGACAGAUGAGAACACUGAAACCCAGAGCCCAGAGCUAGCCAAAGAUGACUCUGGGCCUAUCUCAGUGAUCCCCCAGCAGGCUGAUCUGUGGGCCUCCGAGGAGGAGGAGGAGGAAGAGGAGGAGGCUUCGAAUCCCUUCUUAUGUGAGGAGAGCCAAGAUCCCCCCAGCCUCCCAUCUGUAUCACCACCAGGGUCAAGGGAAUCCUCUAUCCACUCUGGUCCAGAACAGUUGUCCACACCCCCAGAACCUGCCUUCCCACCUCCCCCUCUCCCCCCUUGGGCCAGCCACCGCCAUGGGGUGCCAGGCCCUCCAUGUCCUCCCCUGCCUAUAGCCUGGCCCUUGACCUCUUCUUCCUCUCCUCCCGAGGAGUCAGCCUCAUCCCUUGGUCCCCUUGAGCUCUCCCCCAGUGGGGGCUCCCCCACACCGUAUGGGGAAGACCACGCUGCAGCCACCCCAGCCUCCCCGCUUGUGCUUCUGCCCUUGGAGACACGACCAGCUGAGGAGCCCCAGCCCAGCGGCAGUCCUCAUCCUGUGAAACCCCUCAGUGCUGCCCCCGUGGAGGCCAGCCCGGACAGGAAACAGGCCCGCACCAGCCUGAGCACAGCCCUGAGCAGCGGACUGGAGAGGCUCAAAACCGUCACAUCUGGCAGCAUCCAUUCUGUGGUUCCAGCAUCCCAGCCUGGCCCAACUGUGGACACCAAGAGGCUGAAGGACUCUGCCAUGCUGGACCAGUCGGCCAAGUACUAUCACCUGACUCACGAUGAACUCAUUGGCCUGCUCCUGCAGCGUGAGCGUGAGCUGAGCCAGAGGGACGAGCACGUGCAGGAGCUGGAGAGCUACAUUGACCGGCUGCUGGUGCGGAUCAUGGAGACCUCACCCACACUGCUGCAGAUCUCCCCUGGUCCCCCCAAGUAACCCUUCACUCCCUCCCUGGAGGGUUGGUGAGGCCCAGUGUAGAGCCUUCCACUGACUGCUCUCACCUGAAUAGGGCACAGCCUGCUGUCAUGGUCACCCUCUGCUCCCCACCCCAUCCUGCCUCUGCUCGGGCUGCUGGAAGGGGGCUCUUUGAACUCCCACUAGAGCCCUGGGUCUCCCUACAUGCCCAUUUUCACAUUUGUAGUUUUGGGGUCCCCUAGAGAAUUGGAACAAGGAUGUUAGCUGUCAAGAUGGAGCAGGAGUGAGCUAUGGAUUCUGGGGUAUGCUGUGAUAUCUAGGGCAACACUGGUGACAGCACAGACUUAAUCACCCCGUGAGGUUGGUCAGUUGUUUGUUCUCUUGGCUGACUCUUCAUGUCCAUUUCCCUCCAGCGUUUGGAGGGCCUCCUACAAGUGACAGCGACAGGGAUGGGCACUAAGCCGCUUGCUUGUCUGUGCACCUUAGACAAUCAGGGCACCUACACCUCAACCUUGCGCCUGUUCCGUUAGAGCAGGGGGCCUGUGUGUUUUAGUCUUUCUUGUCUCUUUCUGUCUAGGGCUGUAUGUGGAGAUGUGUACAGUGUGGUGGUGGUGGUGGUGGUGGUGAUACGUAUCUGUUUUUUCUUCAGUGGCUCCCUGCCCCUCUUCAGACCCUCCCACUCCAUGUCCCAGUAGUGAUGAGAGGUGGGGCUGGGCGCAGAGAGAAUGACUCCUUGCUCCUAGGUCCUCUCUACCUUUCUACCAUGAGACCCUCCAGGUUGGGGCUUUGGGCUGCUCAUGUUUUAUGGAUCAGGCCUCCGUGUCUGUUAACACUUGUCCAGAUGCCAAAACUGUGCUGCUGUGGGGUCGGAACUUUUGGAAACCAAUUAAAAUGUGCCUUUUGUGGGCGAGGACAAGAACCUCUGGAUGUGGACCUCUCUCUGGCCAUGCCGUCCCCUCCCUCCUGUUGAACACAUGAAAAUGGCUGUUAGAGCCCUGAAAGGGCACUGUGGGCCAGGCUUUCUGCUUCCCUGAGAAGUACCUCAGCUCAGGCUCUGCCAGCCUGCUGCCGCCCCCUAAGCCUUCCUCCCACUUGCUGCUCCUCCCUUGGCCCCUAUCUGGAGCAUCCUGUGAUAAAAGUCUAGUGCACAGUAAGGCUGGGCCUGCCCUGGACCUCGUUGUGUCUGGCCUUGUGUCCAGCUGUGCUGGGCAGUGGGCUUGUCUGAAAGCAGGAGGCUUCACUCUGCCUUAGGAGACACUUACACUUAGGAAAAUGCCUUGUGGCUCUCCGGCUGUUCUGUGAGCUGCUGUGCAGCCUCCCUCCUGCUCACCAACUCCUCCUGCCUUGCCUGGCUUGGCUGAAGUGCAUUUUGAAGCCACAUAUCUGCCCUGUGGUCUGGCUUUUAGUUUGCUUGUGAAUACAGCAGGUCUCUCCAUGGCAUCUGCGGCGGUCCUUGGUGGCUGCGCUUUAGCAAAAGGUAUGUGUGAAAGGAGGUGAGAUGUUGAAAACAAGAUGCCUUUGGCCCGAUGGAGAGGCAACAGCUUCUUCCCAGCUGUCUCCUAAUGACAGGGUCAUGGGUUCAUUCAGAACACCUCAGGAGGAUUUGCUCUGUGGGUGGUAUCAGUCUUCUGCUAGCAUAGAGCAGAGGAACCCCACAAUGGUGUCCCCUACAGUGCAGUUACCAACUCUAGGUCAACUCAGAGCUGAGGAAGUAGCCACCAGAUCCCAGAAUUGGGGUGGGGUGGGGUGGUCAUUGGCUGUUGGGG